AUGGUAUGCAAGAACCAGAAUUGUAAGGCCGACUUCUGCUGGGUCUGCCUCGGGCCCUGGGAGCCUCAUGGCAGCAGCUGGUACAACUGUAACCGAUAUGAUGAGGAUGAAGCCAAAGCGGCUCGUGACGCCCAAGAACGUUCCAGGGCGGCCCUCCAACGAUAUCUGUUCUACUGCAACCGGUACAUGAAUCACAUGCAGUCACUGCGUUUCGAGUCCAAGCUGUACGCCUCCGUUAAGGAGAAGAUGGAAGAGAUGCAACAGCAUAACAUGAGCUGGAUCGAGGUCCAAUUCCUAAAAAAGGCGGUGGACAUUUUGUGCCAGUGCAGGCAGACGUUGAUGUAUACGUACGUGUUCGCGUACUAUCUGCGUAAAAACAACCAGUCGGUUAUAUUCGAGGACAACCAGCGGGACCUCGAAUCAGCUACGGAAACGCUUUCCGAAUAUCUCGAAAGGGAUAUCACUAGCGAAAAUCUCGCCGAUAUUAAGCAGAAAGUGCAGGACAAGUACAGAUACUGUGACAGCCGGCGCAAGGUACUCCUAGAGCACGUGCACGAGGGCUACGAGAAAGACUGCUGGGACUACACUGAGUAA